CACACUGACCCAGAAUACAAAUGAACACCUCUCUCACCACUUCUAUCCAAAACCAAAAUCAAGAAUGCUUCUGACAACACCAUCAAUCCUCCAAUUCAAAUCCCUCUCGCUCGCCAACCCGUUCCUCCAUGGCGCCACCGCUCCCACCCCACACCUCUUCAAACCCGGCGCCUCUUCCGCCGCCGGCCCGCCGCCUUCCUCCGCCGGGCUCCCAGUGAUCAAGGCAAUGAGGUCAUUACAAGGGAGAGUUGUGUGCGCCACCAACGACAAGACAGUGGCUGUGGAGGUUGUACGGUUGGCCCCGCACCCCAAGUACAAGCGCCGUGUGAGGAUGAAGAAGAAGUACCAGGCCCAUGACCCGUUAAAUCGGUUUCAAGUUGGGGACAUUGUGCAGCUCGAAAAGGGCCGUCCCAUUAGCAAGACCAAAACUUUUUGGGCCGUGCCGGUUCCUGGACGGGCCGGGGCCAAGGCCGUGGAGGAAGCGGCGCCUCCGCAGGAGCUUGGAAUUCCUUUGGAGUCGGAGAGUUGAAGGGAAGGAAAAGGGAUGUCGGGUUGUUGUUUUGGUACUUAGAAUUUGAAGCUCAUUUACAUUUCUUGUGUGGAUUGUGUAAUAACAGUUGUAGUUAAUUUGAUGUUAUUAUGGUUUGAGGCUGCAAGAAUCAUUGAUGUAUGUGGGUUUUGUUCUUGAUUACAUUGGUCGCAUGUUGUUUUGAUGCUUUUUUGCUUUGAAA